AUGAGGGAUUGGAGAUGGGCUGCAGUUGAGGCGACGGGCGAAGGGAGCUAUAUCCUCGUGUUUUAUGCAGCUGUCGGAACUCUCUGUCUUGUGGCGGCGGCCAUCUUCUCUUGUGCCGGUGGCGCCUCCGAGGACAAAGACUCUGCGGAACCUCAAAUAUACGGAAGCGGCUGUUCGGCGGGGUGCGGCGCAGGAUGCGGCGGGGGAUGCGGUGCCUGA